GUCAUCGUCAUCGUCAUUAUCAUCAUCAUCAUCGUCAUCAUCAUCAUUAUAUAUCUAUCAUCACCAUUAUCAUCACUAUUGAGUUAAUAAUAGUAAUGACAUAACUGAUAUUGUCAUCAUAGAAGAAGAUUCAUACUGUACGAAUAAUACCCACAGUGCCCAAGGCUGGCUCUCGGUUCUAACUUCUUUAAAAGGAAGUAGUGUCAUGCAGCUGUGCCACGUCGGUCAUCUCAUAUUCCAAUACCGAAGACUAAUUGAAAUAAAACGUAGAUAGCUAGAUGUGUCUUUUUGUAGUAUGACUUUUCUACAGAGCGUAGAUGUCGGCCAGAGAGAAAUGUUUGAUUAACCGUUCAAUCAUUCUUCGAUGGUGUCUGACAUUUGACUAUCGACACAGCGCUCAUUAUGGCUAAAGUAUUCCGUAUCUGUCAUAUAUUGUGCUUACUCUUAGUCUCAUUUUGUGAGUAAAGAAAGUAACAAACUUUAAAAAGAACGACAAUUAAGUACAUUUCAGCUAAACAACAGUAUAAGCAAUACCAGGAGCGCAAUUUAUCCAUAACAUAAGGCAGGGCGCUGAGUAUUUGUCAAGAACCAUGAAGGUGGUAGGAGUCAUUGGAGCUGGGGCAGCGGGUCUCUGUGCUACUCGACACAUCUUGUCCUCAGAGGAGCUGACCCCAAUAGUAUGGGAACAGUCAUCGCAGAUAGGUGGUACAUGGAGGCUCUCGAAAGAUAUUGGGACAGAUAGCAGAGGGUUUCCAGUACACUCAAGCAUGUAUGAGAGCCUGAGGACCGAUUUACCAAAAUUGAUAAUGAAAUUCCCGGAUUUUGACUUUCCAAGUAAGGUAGAAUCUUUUGUUCAUCACACAGCUGUUCUUAAAUACCUGGAAGAUUAUGCUGAUCACUUCAAUCUUCAUCCAUAUAUUAAACUGGGCCACCAUGUAGAGAAUGUGUCUGUAUUGGAGAGUGACGAAGGGCCUCCAUGCUGGGCUGUUACAGUGAAAGAUCUGUCUACUGAUGUAGUCAGUACUGUCACCUGUGAUGCCUUGCUUGUUUGUAAUGGGCACUUCUCCACACCUCAAAAGCCACUUAUUGAAGGGAUUGAGGAUUUCAAGGGUCGACAAAUUCACAGUCAUGACUAUCGUGAACCAUCACCAUACACAGAUUCCAGAGUUAUAAUCCUUGGUGCUGGGGCCUCUGGGCUGGAUAUUUUAAUGGAAGUAUCUGCUGUUGCCAAGGAGGUACUUCUUUCUCACAACCUGCCUGUUCCCUUCCCUUCUGAGUUGCCUCCAAAUGUCAAACAAGGUUCAGGCAUAAUGAAAGCGUCGGAAAAUGGUUUUUAUCUUAAAGACGGAAGUUUCCAAGAAGCAGAUUGCAUAAUAUACUGCACUGGCUAUAAAUAUACCUUCCCAUUUCUUGAAGAUAAAUGUGGCAUCAGUGAGAAUAACCAUGUAAAGCCACUGUACAAACAAAUCAUCAAUGCUUCCUUUCCUACCAUGGGGUUUAUAGGAAUCCCAUCACGUAUCAUUGUGUUCCCACUCAUAAACUACCAGGUACAGUACUUCCUUGCAACCUUAACAGGGAAAACUUGUUUACCAAGGACAGCUGAAAUGAAAUCAGAGAUUGAAGCCUAUGCUGGAGAGAGGAAGAAGCAAGGAUGGAAAGAAAACCAGUACCACAUCCUGCAAAAUGACCAAUUCCAAUACAUGGAAGACCUGGCAACUCUGGCUGGCAUAAAAUUGCCUUCUCCACACCUGAAAAAGAUCUGGGAUGUGGUCAUUCCUCGUCUGCUUUUCUCCUUUCCAAUCUUCAAGACCUAUGAGUAUUCCCUUGGAGAAGAUGGGGCAUUAGUUGAGAAAUGGGAGGGCAAGGGAGUCAGCACAUCAUGGGACCUUACAAUACUGACGGCUAAACAGGUAUCCCGGCUCCUGUGGUGCAAUUUUCCAAAGAUUGCAUAUAUUUUGGGCUCUUCAAUUCUUAAGAAAUUAAAGGGUUUUGUUGGAUUGUGAUGUUCCAUGCAUAUUUUCAGAGGAAUGGUUAAAUUUUAUGAGUUUAUGUGGGGUAUGUUCUUUUGUAAUUACUGAUGUAGUUUACUUUAGCUGAUUACUUACUGGCCAGAAUGAAUUGAAGUGCUGAUAAUGAAGCAAACAUAUUUUAUGACUAAUGCAUAGUGUAUUUUUGAUAACUACUUGUUAUGGCAAGAUUUAAAAAUUUGCAAACAUUUUAUAUUUGCUGAAUCAGUAGAAGAGCAUUUAAUUAUUGCCAUAAUGAAUGACAAAUUGGAAAAUGAUAUUUUUUUAUGAAACUAUCUGACCCUUCUUUUAACACUACUUUAUAGAUAAUUUUAGUUGAAAGAAGGCUGACAAUGACAGAUUAAUAUGUAUCUUCAAUAUUUGCUUUUGUUUGACAUGUAAUAAAUGUUAAUAUACUAAAUACAUGGAAGGAUAUUAGGAUAAGUGGGCAGAUCAAGGGGAUGAAAUGGAAAAGGACAGGAGAAAAGACCAUGCAAAAUUAGUUGAAGCAAAGGCUGAGGACCAAGGUAAGGGUGACACUCUACCUCGGGCCUCAGUGCCCAUCUCCUAAGCCUCCUCAUGGCAAUAACCAAGGGAUUGAGGGGGGGGGGGGGGGCCUUAGUAACAGUAGAGGAGGCUGUAGAUGAAUGGUAGCUGAUCAAUUCUAGCUUUAUCAAGUUCAGUAAAAGAAUCUCAGUCUCUUUGGGCAUCUUUUGCAGAUGUUUUUAAUUAACUCCUUGGAUCUGUGUACCUUGCUGCCUGCAUGGUCCGGGCAUUAGGCUUAUUUGAGUGGCAAUUCUCGGGUAUGUGGCUUGUAGAGCUAUCCCACACAAACGCUCGUGUGGUGUCAAGACUCGUUACCUCCCCUCUGCAGUGUUAUUUAUCCUUUUUUCUUUAAAUGUUUUUUGUUUUUUGCCAUUUUGCAAGAUGUAUAUUUGUCAUUUGAUAUGCUGUACCAAGAUGGUCAUACAUUGUUUUCCUUGCACUGACUCCAUAUCAUCUCUCUAGGUAGUCAAUAACAAAAACAGUAAGUAACCUUUUUUAUUUUUUGUCAUUUUUAUUUUUUCAAAACAUUCAAUUUUCCGUAAUACACCUUGCAUCACAGCAGGCAAGAAUUGGAUCCUGAGCUGGAAAUAGUGUCCUCCUUGAAGCAAGUAAUGACAAAUUCCACACUAGUUUAUCAAUGGAAAUACAAGAACUUCCUUAAUGCCCCCUGAGUCUAGUCACCCUCCUAGAGCACUGUGGUGAGUCAUGCCCAUCACUUCAGCCUUUAGCCCAAAUACUCAUGAAGGCCUGCUUCUGUCAUCCGUACCCUCAGCCCAAUUUUUUUCAUUCAAGUGAACUGGCCCUUUGGCCCUUUUUUAUGAUGGCAUAUGUAUCUGGCCCUCAGCCUAAUUUUUUCAUGAUAUGGCAGUUACAUCAUCCGGAUCCAAGGGGCUACCUGGCGAUGCAUCACUGAAAAAGGAUGAUUGAAGAACAUUUGAUAUGUUUGGGACUGUGACAGUGUAUGAUAUUGAAAAUUAUACAAGACCAGGGAAAUAUUAAGUAAUUCCACACAAUAUCAAAGCACACAUUUAUUUGUCAGUGCUCUUGUGAAUAAAUUUACAAGAAACCUG